GACCAACAUGGCGGGCUACUGAACGCUGCAAAUGUUUACUCGUUGAUAUUAUUUUGUACGAAGCCGGAUAAAAUUCGUUUUAUUAUAUUUAUUGAAAAAUAUGGCAUCCGUGACCGAAAAGCCAAAGAUUACCUUUGAAGAUUUGGGACGACCUACCUUGCGUGGGGUGAAAAGGUGCCACAAAUGCGGGACGUACAAUGGCACCAGGGGACUGAGUUGCAAGAACAAAACUUGCAAUGCUGUGUUCAAGGACAGGCAACGUAGAGGUGGACACAGCGCUGAAGCCGUGAAAAUCAUCACUGGGUCCACAGUACAGGUGUUUUCGGUACGACUCCGUGACAGGGGACCUGAUUAUCGAGGAUUUGUGCAGUUACCACUCCCACCAGAGCUAGAUCCAACGCAGGCCGUGGACAGUACAAUCAUGGGUCCUGGAAGAUGCUUUGUUGACGCCUGUCAGAAGCCAGUACCACAGGGUGGGGUUCUUGAAACUCCCUGUAAUCAUAUAAAAGUUGCUGUACAGUGCACACAAGAUGCAGUUCCACUGACUUUGAAGAAUUCUGUUCUCAAUUCUUUACCUGUUUCCAAUGAGGUAAAACAGGCUAUAUGGCUGCUUGCCACUGAAACUACCGGACCGCUAGUUCAGAGAGUAACUAAGAACAUAAUGGUGGUGAAGUGCAAGACAAAUCCUAAACAGCCAUUAGGAUUUCUUCAUUUUUCAUUCACAGAGAAUGUUAAAAAGGGCGGAAUUGUUGACAGAAAGUUUCACUGCACAUGCAGGGCGUUUAAGAAUCUGAAAAAUAUGGGUCAGAUUGAAGAGCAUAAGAGACGAUGUGUGCAUUUUUACGCAUGUAUUUGUGCCUUUGCCAGUGAUGACAAACUGGCAGAAGAGUUUGCAUAUUACAUCAAUCUAGACUCACAAAUUCCUGAAAGACAGAUAGUUACUGUCUACACUGAUGCUAAUGAUGGCGUGACAGUUGUGGAAGCUGCUGUUGACAGUCCUAGUAAAGUUCUUAAAAAAAGAAAAAGAGAUGAAUCUAUGGUCCAAGCUAGCAGUGCUCUUUUAACGCUUCAAGACAGUGCCAACACACCUAACAAGAAAAGUCCUAUCAAGAAGAUUGGAGGCAGUCCUACUGUUGUAACCAUGGGGAAUAAAAGACAACCAAUAUCUGAAGAGCAGGAACAGUCACUUAGUUUCACUGAAUGGCUUGGUAGUGUUACUGAACGAGUCAAUCAAACAAUGCAUUAUCAAUUUGAUGGUAAUCCUGAACCACUGGUGUUCCAUGUACCACAGAAGUUCUUUGAUAUGUUACAACAUAGAUUGUCUACGGGCAGUAAAAAGAAGCGACUUCCUAACUCCACUACUGCGUUCAUUCGGAAAGAUGCUCUACCAUUGGGUACAUUCUCCAAGUACACCUGGCAUAUUAAUAAUAUCAUUCAUGUUAAACAGAUAUUUGAUACUCUAGAUAUGCCGCUGGAAAUAACACGUAGCUUUGUAGAGAACCGUGACGGCUCGUAUUCAGAGUUCAAUGUACCCAAAGUAGAAGUCGAAACCAUAGCGGAAGCCUACAGAAAGACUGAAGGACAACCUCCCAUCAAGCCAUUUGAACUGAAAACAUAUAUGAAAGUUGGUAACACCGCUCCAGACCAGAAAGAACCCACCCCAUUUGUUAUUGAGUGGAUACCAGACAUUCUACCGAAAUCAAAAAUUGGAGAACUUCGAAUCAAAUUUGAAUAUGGACAUCAACGAAAUGGACAUAUUGAAAUUCGUAGUGGACCUAUUGACGCUAUUCCUCCUGAAGCAUAAACGUAUUUUGGAAGAUUUCCGCAGCCCCUCCCAAUUUGUGUUGUACCUGUUGUAAUAAAUUAGGCUUUUGUAAUUUAAAAAAAAUAAAGUAUGUGAAGUAUGCAUAUGAUAAUCUACAAAUGCAGGGUCCAUUUGACACAAAGAAAGAGCUAGAUACAGUGUAAUUAACUUGAGCGUUGAAUGUUCUAAUUUAUUGGCAUCAGUGUUCUCUUUAACCAGGGUAACAAGGGUGUAUUGCUUCCUUGAGUGUUACCAAAUAAUUAAUUUUAUUUCUUUAGUUGCAGAAACAAAUGUAAGAAAGUAGUGCUACUGUAUCUGUGGUCAAAAUAAGCAUUUUAGUAUACAGCCAAUAAGACUUUAGAAUUAUACAUGUUUUGCUGUACUGCAAAUGCUAUGCAUAUAUUUCAUAAGCACAAGUAUCAUCAAAUGGAUUUCCUUCUUAUUGCUCCCCUUGCUAACAAAAUUCCAGGGGAAAUAACACGAUGUGAUUUUCCUGUUUCCUCCAAGUGGUAACCUUAGAUGAAUUCCACUGUAUUUGCUGCAAAUUCUAUAGUGGAGAAAUUGGGCACUAUGCCCAGUAUCAGUUUUCACAAUGCAAUCUAUACAUGUCCUCUUGCAUUAAUUGUAUUACAAUAGUUUAACACAAAGGGGUGAUAGUUCAGUUCUCCCAAAAACUAAUUUUGUCAAUGUUUCGAUAGUUGGAUUUGUAGUAAUGUUAUUUGUUUAUUGAAUGAGGGGGAUGUAAAUUUGGUUAUGGCGUUAAGUCAGGUUCCUUGUAUAUACAGUAACACACAAUUACAAUGUUCUUAUGAAUAUCGUUUAUUCACUCCUAUUUAAAUCUGCAUUGUUUACACAAUAUUGUAAAAAUGUUACGCUCAAUAAAACUGGUACUCGUUUGUGCAUUA